AUGGUGACGUAUCGAUCAGCCCAUUAUUUAGGUCAAUGUCAGAAACUAACAAGACUAUCGCUGGAAUCGUGUCCAAACUUGACACCUUGGGCACUUUUGCCGUUUGCUCAAUUGCAUAUUGAAUAUCUUGACCUGUCUGGUUGUAAAUGGCUAAAUGUUACAGAAACAGCUUAUGACUUAUGCUCUUUCGAACAUCUGACAAACCUCAAUUUGGUUUGUUGUGACACCAUUUCCAUGGACUUUAUCAAUCACUUAACAGCAAAUGAUCGCCAUCAUGGUAAUCCGUGCCUGACAAAGUUGCAAGAUUUCUCGAUUACAGGUGGUACGAUUAUCGAGGAUAGUGUGAUUAUCCCAUUUAUAAAGACCCAUCCCAAUAUUCGAGGCUUGUUUUUAUUGGAGUGUGCUAUUACGGAUAGAACACUAGAUGCAAUUUCAAGAUAUUUGCCAUAUUUAUACAACUUGGACGUUUCUUUUUGUGGAAAGCUUACACAAAGAGGUGUACGAAAGCUUGUGUGUAAAUGUCCCAAUUUAAGAUUGCUUGGUCUGAAGGACUGUGGUAUGACCCAAACUGAUUUUCCAGAAAUUCCCAGUUCUGUGUUCCCCGCCAACACCAAAAAUUAUCCUCACAUAAAUACAUUGAGUUAUGAUGCAUUAGAACAUAUUCGGGAUCGGUCUCAUGAUCAACAACAGGAGCAAGAAAAUAUGGAGGAUGCUGAAAUGACAGACAGUGUCGGUAGAGCGAUAACUGAUGACAGUGUAACAGAAAGCUACAAUUAUAUCCAACAAUACUUAAAUGCUGGUUGA